AUGAAGGUCAGUUAUUUCAUUCUCAUAUUAGUUAGUAUAUUCUCCAUGGCACAGGCAUCUUCUCUAUCAUCAUACAUCGUAACGUUCCCCAAGUCUGACACAGUUCUAGAGGAGGAGAACACCAUUAUAGAAGAUGUAAAGAAGUACGUGGUAGAAAUCGGCGGUAAAAUCACACAUGAGUACAGCCUGAUCAAGGGCUUUACCGUGGACUUGCCUGAUAACAGUCAAGUUCUGGACAGCUUAACAGAGCGUUUGAGCUAUAUCGAAAAUAAGUUUGGCGCCAAGUGUAACCUAGAGAAGGACUCAGAAGUUCAUGCGUUGAAUCGUGAUCAUCCUGUUGCCUAA